GCCCGAUUUUUGGCCUUGGUCUGUCGCUGGUCGUGAAGCGCCUUAAGCUGAGCAACGGAUCCCAUACUGCAAGCGCAUAGCUCGACACAGUCGCUGUGGCACGCAUUUACGCAAGGCAGAAAGCCGCACGACAAGCAAGGAGAGCCAUCGCUACCCAGUAGCCGACGCCAUCGCUUGCGGCGCGCACCCAACAAAGAGCUGCGAACAGGCCACAGAGAGCCAUCGCUGUCGCUGCGACACGCCACAUAGCUGCAGAGAGCAUAAACCAUGCCCACGACCGAGGACAAGAUCAAGGAGCUCGAGGCGGAGUACGCGCGCACGCAAAAAAACAAGCAGACGGAAGGCCAUCUCGGUUUGAUCAAGGCCAAGCUCGCGAAGUUGAGGAGAGAACUCGAGGACCAAGGUUCGAAAUCGGGCGGCGGCGGCGGCGAGCGCGGUUUUGAUGUGAAGAAGGUCGGCGACACGCGCGUCGGGUUGGUGGGCUUCCCCUCGGUCGGCAAGUCUACUUUAUUAACAACGCUGACGGGGACCAAGAGUGAAGCGGCGGCCUACGAGUUCACGACGUUGACCGCCAUACCCGGUACGAUGAAGUACCGCGGCGCGCGAAUUCAAAUUUUGGACCUACCAGGGAUCAUCGAAGGGGCGGCCACGGGCAAGGGGCGCGGAAGGCAAGUAAUAUCGGCGGCUCGCACCUGCGACAUGAUCAUGAUCGUGCUGGAUGCCGGGAAGCCCGUUACUCAUAAAUUCUUGAUUGAAAGGGAGCUGGACAAUUUCGGGAUCCGGUUGAACCAGAAGCCGCCGGACGUGAAGAUCAAGAAGAAGGAGCGGGGCGGCAUUGAUUUUCAGUGGCUGUGUCCCCAGACUAAAGGUAUGAAUCAAGACAUCGCGACUCGUAUUCUCAAGGAGUAUCGCAUCAACUGCGCGACCGUCACGUUUCGAGAAGAUGUGACACAUGACCAGUUCAUCGACGUGUGUGAUGGGAAACGGACUUAUAUUCCAGGCUUAUAUGUGAUGAACAAAAUUGAUCAGUUAACAAUAGAAGAAUUAGAUAUUAUCGACGAGAUUCCAAAUUAUGUCCCUAUCAGUUCGAGGGACGAGUGGAACAUCGACGAGCUCAUGGAGACGAUCUGGCAGAAGUGCAACAUGUUACGGGUCUACACGAAACCGAAGGGCCAGGUCCCCGACUACGACGAGCCCGUCGUGCUCCAUGCGGAUGGCCCCACAGUCGAGCAGUUCUGCAACCGCAUCCACAAGAGCAUCAUGGAGCAGUUCAAGUACGCCUGGGUCUGGGGGUCGUCGUGUCGCCACCAGCCGCAGAAGGUCGGCAAGGACCACGUCCUCGCGGACGAGGACGUGAUCCAGGUCGUUAAGAAGGUUUAGUGUGAACUCCUUAUCUCCCUGGUCGCCUCGACG